AAACAAUAUCUAUUUUAAGAAUCUGUUUUACAUUGUUCCACCGUCUACCCAUCUCUGCCAGAAGGAGGGGGUCCGGAGUGGGUGUGGGGCGCACAAAACUGGCAGUCAGAAGUCUCUUUUGCGCACUGGGCGCGCGCGCGCACACACAGAGGGCCCUUCCUCACAUGUCUCCAGUCCAGUCUGUCAAAUCACGCAGCAUGUGAAGCCCCUUUUUUUCUGGAUACUUCAUUAAGCGGCUUUAAAUGCGCAUCUCUUCUGGAUAACACUUCUGACUUGUCUUGAGGGCUUUUCUCUUUCUCUUACAUUGGCUCAGAGGGCUUUCUGUGGACUGAGAUGGUGCAAUGCUCCGCAGGACAGCACCGCGUGUAUGUUGCUUGUGGAUCCUGCUCUCCAGCGUGUUGGUUUGGAGAGUUCACUGCGCCAGCGCGCAGAGCUGUCAUGAGGUGAAAACCGCUUUCCAGCUGCGCCAGGUCGGUUCGCUGAGAUGGGUUCCGGAGACCGCGGCGACAGAUGCAGAUCUUCUCAUCUGCAAACACCAGGGUCCCACAUGCUGCACCCGCAAGAUGGAGGAGAGCUACUACAUCGCUGCCCAGAGAGAUACACUCCAGAACAUUCUCUCCUAUAGUUUUGAACUCAAGUAUCUCAUCCUGGGCCAUGCUUCUUCCUUCCAGGAUACCUUCCAUUCCCUGCUCUCCUUCACUCUAAAUCAUACCUACUCGCUCUUCGACAGCACCUACGAGACGAUCUCUCAUGACGCGAAACCCUUGGUGUCUACUCUCUUCUCUGACCUUGACCUCUACCUCCGAGGUGAUGCCAACAUCUCUGUGGAACACUCGGUCCACAGUUUCUACGACAGACUCUUCCCAUUGGUAUACCAGCACUUGGUCAAUCCCGGCUUGGGUUCAAAUGUUUCCACAUGGUCCUCCGAAGGAAGCGAGUGCCUACGUGCCACUCGGCAUGACGUCAACCCCUUUGGCCCUCACCCUCAAGAACUUGCUCAGGGGCUGUCCAGGGCACUAGUGGCCGGUCGUGCCCUCAGUCGGGCACUGGUGGUGGGUGCUGAGGUUCUGAAUGCCACCGAAUCAGUGGGAAUGGCGCGCCAAUGUGGACGUGCACUGGUGCGGAUGCUGUUCUGUCCGCACUGCCGUGGAUUGACCCUGAUACGGCCUUGCGGAGGCCUAUGUCUGAAUGUGAUGCGGGGUUGCCUGGCAGGCGUAGCUGAGCUGGAUGGGCCCUGGAGACGCUAUGUAGCAUUGCUAGAGGGGCUGAGCGGAGCACUAUCAGGGGGAUACGAAGUGGAACUGGCACUUCUACGCAUCCGGGAAAGAAUUAAUGAUGCUAUCCUUACUGCGCAACUCCAUGGACCACAUCUGAGCGCCGUGGUAGGUAAAGUUUGUGGUUCCUUGACCGAAGCAGUUUCUUCCACUCCAGUCAGUCCCACCUCAAGAGGUCUGAUAUCUUCGGUAAACCCAACCAUUGAACUCCAAACCUCAGUCACUUCCUCCAGUCCUACAACAGUACCUAAUACAGGCAACCACCAUGAGCACAUAACACUAAAAAGAAGGUCUCUGCCUCUGAAACCGUCCAAAAACGACAAACCCAGAAGCCUGAAAAAGAUUUCAAAGGAGUUUAUGGGCUACAUCCAGCGGUAUAAAUCGUUCUUCUCCACCCUACCGGAGAUGCUGUGCGAGGGGGAGGUGGUGAUGGAUGAAAACACCUGCUGGAGUGGAGAAGAUGUGGUAGAGAGUUAUACAGGUCACGUUGUGGGGAAUGGACUGCAAGCCCAGAAACACAACCCAGAGAUAAAGAUCAGAAGCGUGGAUCCAAUCCUGGUUAACGUGAAGGAAAAGCUAGAGCACUUCAACCAGGUAGCUCCCAAAACCCCUGAGGAGGUGAGAGGAGAGCUGGGUUUGGGAGCAGCUGGUGUUGAGGACGUGGACAGCAGCAGCGGAGACGCAGCAGAAGAAGGCAGCGGUGAGUGUGAUGAUGAAGACGGCUGUCAAGGAUCAGGACGCAGUGCAGACAAAACAGAGUACACUAAAAAGAAACUUGAUGUCCAAUUUCCACCACGGGACGCCAUUAUCCCAGUCCAGCCCCCCAACUCCAGAUCCAAACCGGACUGGCCCAGCAGCGGAGUCGCCCGCAUCUCAAGCGUCCCGUUUCUUCCUCUUUUACUCGUAAUACAGCUCCUUCUGUGGCCCGAUGGCGUUUGACGCACAGCAAAAAAGACUGAACGAAUCAAGCAUGCAUUUGCACUAGGCCCUUAGAAGUCUGCACAUAUGUCUUCUGAUCUCAUCAGAUGCUCUCAUGUCGUCCCCCGACUGGAUACGACUAUUCACAAACUGGCUUUUUGUUUGCUCCGGCCUGUUUUAAAGGGUUUUAUGUAGCUACUAAGUAGUGUACACAGUCAUAAAUGUGUGAUCGUGGUACACCAUCAUUUCUUUGGUGGUUUUACUGUCGCGUUUUAUGUGCCGCUAGUUCGCAACAUGAUUGAAUAAGGAUUUACAAUUACAUUUGUCUAGUUCGGCACCAUUUAGAGUAACACAUCACAUCCCGAAUUCAUUCACACCUUCCUGCAGGAGUUACAUGACGGAAAGGCUGUUUCGUUUUUAUAAAUGCGUGAGUUUUAUUGUAUGCGUGAAUUAUAUUCAAGAAAGAAUGAGCUAUUUUAAUUCUCCUUUUAUCAGUUUACCUGGGUGAAUCUUACAGAGGUCAUAUUUCACCACAAAAUGUAAUUACUUUCGAAUCACAAAAAUUAUAAAAAUAAGAUUUUUUUUCCAAAUAAUCCGAUUAUGAACAAAAAAACCUUUUUAUAUUUUUUUUGUAAGCGUUUCUAAUAUUUUCUCCCACAAUACGUUUAUAUUUCUUUGUAUUACAUUGAGAAUUGUACAUACAAAUAAAUCUUUUUGUUUGUUCGUUGCAUUACAGAAAAUAUAUGCUUUCUCUCUUCUGAUUUUGAAAUGAAAAAUGACCCAGGUUGCGUAAGACUGACCCACGUGCUCGUGCAAUUGUAGGGCUUUUUUGUAAAAAGCCAAAUUGCACAUUUAACAUAUUUAUACUGAAAUCUAUGUAUGCAAAGCGUUGUGCAUAAUAACCAUUUAAAACGAUGCAGAUAAUUAACUCUAGGAGGUUUUCAGUAACCUUGGCGUUUAACACGUGCCCAAGUAUUGUUUGAUCUGACAGUUCGCCGUGACGUCACAGUCUUAAACCUCUGUUUGCGUUCAUUAAAAUGUCACUUUCCAUGUAGCUCCGCGCGUCACUUGUCGCUGUAAGCGCUCGCGCGUAAAUCGAUCAAUAAAAUAUCAUAUUUUCAAAGCG